UGGCCUGGGUCACCUGUGGCCACCUGGCGGACUGGCGGCGCCUCCCUGGCCUCACCUGAGGGCGUGCAGCAGUGGUGAGACGGCAAGACCCCACCAGCAAGUCCAUUCUGCCCCAGAGCCCCUCGGGUCAGUGGCCGGCAAGUCCUCCCGUCCAUUCUGCCCCAGAGCCCCUCGGGUGUCUACUGCCUCCUCCUACAAAGGCUGGCAAGUCCUCCCAUCCACUCUGCCCCAGAGCCCCUCAGGUGCCAGGUCUGCGUCCAGCGAAGGGACUCCCUCCGUGCAUCCUCGGCGCAGCCCCAGGGUUCCUGCAGGACCGGCCGCGGCCAGGAGCAGUGUUGCAAUGGAGGAUGUGACGCCAGGCAGCAGCAGCAGCAGCAGCAGCAGCAGCAGCAGCAGGAACAGCUGGGAGCAGCAGGCGACCCCAGGCGUGAGGACCUACACUUGUGACCACUGCGGCAAAGUGUGCUCCACCAAGGCUGCCAUUGCCAGACACGUCCUCUCCCAUGCCGGCAAGACAAGGCUGAGAGGCAGGAGUGGCCCCACUGAACACACUGCCACCCACACUGGCGGCAGGAACCACAAGUGUGACCACUGCGGGAAGACAUUUGCCCGGAAGAGUUGUCUUGCAUCACACAUCCUCACCCACACUGGGGAGAGAAAGUUCCAGUGUCUGGAGUGUGGGAAAAGAUUCACCCAGAAAGGCCAUCUUGACACACACAUCCUCACCCACACUGGGGAGAGAAAGUUCCAGUGCCUGGAGUGUGGGAAAAGAUUUACCCAUAAAGGUAAUCUUAACAAACACAUCCUCACCCACACUGGGGAGAGAAAGUUCCAGUGCCUGGAGUGUGGGAAAAGAUUUACCCUGAAAGGUGAUCUUAACAGACACAUCCUCACCCACACUGGGGAGAGAAAGUUCCAGUGCCUGGAGUGUGGGAAAAGAUUUAUUCAUAAAGGUCAUCUUAAUCAACACAUCCUCACCCACACUGGGGAGAGAAAGUUCCAGUGCCUGGAGUGUGGGAAAAGAUUUACCCUGAAAGGUGAUCUUAACACACACAUCCUCACCCACACUGGGGAGAGAAAGUUCCAGUGCCUGGAGUGUGGGAAAAGAUUUACCCAUAAAGGUAAUCUUAACAAACACAUCCUCACCCACACUGGGGAGAGAAAGUUCCAGUGCCUGGAGUGUGGGAAAAGAUUUACCCAGAAGGGUUCCCUUGACAAACACAUCCUCACCCACACUGGGGAGAGAAAGUUCCAGUGCCUGGAGUGUGGGAAAAGAUUUACCCAGAAGGGUUCCCUUGACACACACAUCCUCACCCACACUGGGGAGAGAAAGUUCCAGUGCCUGGAGUGUGGGAAAAGAUUUAUUCAUAAAGGUAAUCUUAACAAACACAUCCUCACCCACACUGGGGAGAGAAAGUUCCAGUGCCUGGAGUGUGGGAAAAGAUUUACCCAUAAAGGUAAUCUUAACAAACACAUCCUCACCCACACUGGGGAGAGAAAGUUCCAGUGCCUGGAGUGUGGGAAAAGAUUUACCUGCAAGCAUUCUCUUGACUUACACAUCCUCACCCACACUGGGGAGAGAAAGUUCCAGUGCCUGGAGUGUGGGAAAAGAUUUAUUCAUAAAGGUAAUCUUAACAAACACAUCCUCACCCACACUGGGGAGAGAAAGUUCCAGUGCCUGGAGUGUGGGAAAAGAUUUACCCAGAAGGGUUCCCUUGACACACACAUCCUCACCCACACUGGGGAGAGAAAGUUCCAGUGCCUGGAGUGUGGGAAAAGAUUUACCCAGAAGGGUUCCCUUGACACACACAUCCUCACCCACACUGGGGAGAGAAAGUUCCAGUGCCUGUAGUGUGGGAAAAGAUUUACCUGGAAGCGUUCUCUUGACGCACACAUCCUCACCCACACUGGGGAGAGAAAGUUCCAGUGCCUGGAGUGUGGGAAAAGAUUUACCCAGAAAGGUGAUAUUAACAGACACAUCCUCACCCACACUGAUGAGAGAAAGUUCCAGUGCCUGGAGUGUGGGAAAAGAUUCACCCAGAAAGGCCAUCUUGACACACACAUCCUCACCCACACUGGGGAGAGAAAGUUCCCGUGCCUGGAGUGUGGGAAAAGAUUUACCCAGAAGGGUUCCCUUGACAAACACAUCCUCACCCACACUGGGGAGAGAAAGUUCCAGUGCCUGGAGUGUGGGAAAAGAUUUACCCAGAAGGGUUCCCUUGACACACACAUCCUCACCCACACUGGGGAGAGAAAGUUCCAGUGCCUGGAGUGUGGGAAAAGAUUUACCUGGAAGCGUUCUCUUGACACACACAUCCUCACCCACACUGGGUCCUCCCGAGUGCCCAGGAGGUACAAACAGCCGCGGCGAAGGGAACAGUCGCCGUCCUGAAGAGAGCCCUCGGAUACACUGGUAACACUGCUUAGGGUGUAACUUUAGACCCCAGGCUUGGGGCCAUUGCACUCACCAAACAAUGAAACAAGAAAAUGCAGAAAACAGGGAGAGAAAGUUCCCAGGCCUGCAGUGUGGGAAAAGAUUUGCCCUGAAAGGUCACCUUGAUGGACACAUCCUCACCCACACUCUGGGCUCCCUGUCAAGGGGUUUGCCAGAAGAAAUUCAGGUAUGAGGGUGUUCCCAGUAAAUGAACACCAAGCAACACUCCACAAACCUCGACACGGAAAAGUUACCACGUCAAACCACAGCGGCCAAACCUUGCCACAAUAGAAAGGUUCCCAAGUCACCCAGACACCAGGCAGGCCGUGUGAGGAGAGCGAUGGUUGUGUUGCCACAGUAGUGUUGCUGUUGUCUGUGGCACAAAUGUCAAGAAGAGUCGGGCAGAGGAGAGAGUGCCAAGUAAGAAUGAGCUGAAGAACUACCACCUCAUUGCACCACAACUCACCUCUGUGUUCUAUACUACUACUACUACUACUACUACUACUACUAGUGUUAUUUCGAUUUGUGAUUUUGUGAUUUGAUAGUCUCCAUUUGCAGGGUAACUAUUUAAAAAGUCAAAAGUAGCUUAGUCAUUAAUUAUUUUAUUAUGUUGUGGCUGGUGUGGCAGUAACAAAUAAAGAAAAAUAUUCAUAAUUAUAAACUUCUUGAAAACUUUU